CCGCUUGAAUUUGCCACUGAACCGGGGGACGACGGCGGACAGACCGACCAUCACGCUUCCAGGCAGGCGCAGGCUUGGACCGAGUAGAUGUGAUGUGCUGAGCGAGGACGCGUGUGCGAUCCGGGCGCCCACCUCUCUGGGGAUAAGAAGACGCGACGAGGGUGAACGGCCCUUUCCCCCGCAUGUGCCAAGGACCGAUCGCUGGAAGGCGCAGUCUCCGUCCUAGCAGCGCAAGUUUGUGGCCGAGGGACGCUGUGUGUGUGUAUGCGAGGACACGGCGCUUGCUGAGGCGCGCGAUACGUUGUGACUCUUUUGUUUUUGCACGGGGAAGGAUAUUGUUCAGACCCCGGUCCGCGGCCCUAAAGCAUGGAGAACGCUCACACGAAGAGUGUAGACGAAGUUUACGGCUAUUUCGGCGUCAGCGAGAGCACGGGGCUGGCUGCAGAGCAGGUGAAAAGGCAGCGAGAGAAAUGGGGUCCAAAUGAGUUACCAGCUGAAGAAGGGAAGUCUUUGUGGGAGCUGGUCGUGGAGCAGUUUGAGGAUUUACUUGUGCGGAUUCUUCUGCUGGCAGCUUGUAUAUCAUUCGUUUUAGCGUGGUUUGAGGAGGGAGAAGAGACAAUCACAGCCUUUGUAGAACCGUUUGUAAUUCUGCUAAUUCUUAUAGCCAACGCCAUUGUAGGUGUGUGGCAGGAGCGAAAUGCAGAGAACGCCAUCGAGGCCCUUAAGGAGUACGAGCCCGAGAUGGGCAAGGUGUAUCGGCAGGACCGCAAGGCUGUGCAGCGGGUCAAGGCCAAGGACAUCGUGCCAGGAGACAUCGUGGAGGUGGCGGUGGGAGAUAAAAUCCCCGCAGACAUCCGGAUCUCUUCUAUCAAGUCCACUACGCUAAGAGUGGACCAGUCCAUCCUCACAGGCGAGUCCAUCUCGGUCAUUAAACACACUGAUCCUGUUCCUGACCCUCGCGCUGUCAAUCAGGACAAGAAGAACAUGUUGUUCUCUGGCACCAACGUCGCGGCAGGCAAGGCGGUGGGCGUGGUGGUGGCCACGGGCGUGAACACGGAGAUCGGCAAGAUCCGAGACGAGAUGGCGUCGACGGAGCAGGAGCGCACGCCGCUGCAGCAGAAGCUGGACGAGUUCGGCGAGCAGCUCUCCAAGGUCAUCUCGCUCAUCUGCAUAGCCGUGUGGAUCAUCAACAUCGGCCACUUCAACGACCCCGUGCACGGCGGCUCCUGGAUCCGCGGCGCCAUCUACUACUUCAAGAUCGCCGUGGCGCUGGCCGUGGCCGCCAUCCCCGAGGGCCUGCCUGCUGUCAUCACCACCUGCCUGGCGCUGGGCACCCGCCGCAUGGCCAAGAAGAACGCCAUCGUGCGCUCGCUGCCCUCCGUCGAGACGCUGGGCUGCACCUCCGUCAUCUGCUCCGACAAGACGGGCACGCUCACCACCAACCAGAUGUCCGUGUGCAGGAUGUUUAUCGUGGACAAAGCUGAGAAUGACAGCUGUUCUCUGGCAGAGUUCACCAUCUCUGGAUCUACAUAUGCACCCGAGGGAGAAGUGUACCUGGAUAACCGGCCGGUGCGCUGCUCCAACUACGACGCCCUGGUGGAAAUGUCCACUAUCUGCGCUCUCUGCAACGAUUCCUCGCUGGACUUCAACGAGUCUAAAGGUGUGUACGAGAAGGUGGGCGAGGCCACGGAGACGGCACUGACCUGUCUUGUGGAGAAGAUGAACGUGUUUGACACGGAUGUCAGGAGUCUGUCACGGAUCGAGAGAGCGAAUGCCUGCAACUCGGUUAUCAAGCAGCUGAUGAAAAAGGAGUUUACCUUGGAGUUCUCCCGCGACAGGAAGUCCAUGUCUGUGUACUGUAGUCCCAGCAAGAGCAAGUCUACUUCUAGCAAGAUGUUUGUCAAGGGCGCUCCAGAGGGGGUGAUCGACAGGUGCGCGUAUGUGCGCGUUGGUGGUACCCGCGUGCCGCUGUCUCAGGGCAUUAAAGACAAGAUCAUGUCUGUGAUCCGGGAGUACGGCACUGGGCACGACACGCUACGCUGCCUGGCGCUGGCCACUCGUGACACUCCGCUCAGGAAAGACGAGAUGGUUCUGACCGACACGGCUCGCUUCUCCGACUACGAGUCGGACCUGACGUUCGUGGGCUGCGUGGGCAUGCUGGACCCGCCCCGGGCGGAGGUGGCUGCCUCCAUCAAGCUGUGCCGUCAGGCGGGCAUCCGGGUGAUCAUGAUCACGGGCGACAACAAGGGCACGGCUGUGGCCAUCUGCCGCCGCAUCGGCAUCUUCGGCAAGGACGACAACGUCAGCCACAUGGCCUUCACGGGGCGCGAGUUCGACGACCUGUCGCCCCAGGCCCAGCGCGAGGCCGUCACGGUCGCACGCUGUUUCGCCCGGGUCGAGCCCUCGCACAAAUCCAAGAUUGUGGAGUUCCUCCAGGGAUUUGAUGAGAUCACUGCCAUGACGGGAGACGGAGUGAACGAUGCUCCAGCCCUGAAGAAGGCGGAGAUCGGCAUCGCCAUGGGCUCUGGCACUGCUGUGGCCAAGACGGCCUCCGAGAUGGUCCUGGCCGACGACAACUUCGCCACCAUCGUGGCCGCCGUAGAGGAAGGCCGAGCCAUCUACAACAACAUGAAACAGUUCAUCCGCUACCUCAUCUCCUCCAACGUGGGCGAGGUUGUCUGCAUCUUCCUGACGGCAGCGCUGGGCUUCCCCGAAGCCCUCAUCCCCGUGCAGCUGCUCUGGGUGAACCUGGUGACGGACGGCCUGCCCGCCACAGCGCUGGGCUUCAACCCACCCGACCUGGACAUCAUGGGCAAGCCCCCGCGAAACGCCAAGGAGCCCCUCAUCUCCGGCUGGCUCUUCUUCAGAUACCUGGCCAUCGGCUGCUACGUGGGGGCAGCUACGGUUGGAGCAGCAGCCUGGUGGUUCACCAUCGCUGAUGACGGACCUCAGGUCACCCUCUACCAGCUGAGCCACUUCCUGCAGUGUAAUCCUGAUAAUCCAGAGUUUCAGGAUUUGGAGUGUCAUGUGUUUGAGUCCCCGUACCCCAUGACAAUGGCCCUGUCUGUUCUCGUCACCAUCGAGAUGUGCAAUGCUCUCAACAGUCUGUCAGAGAACCAGUCCCUGCUGCGCAUGCCUCCCUGGGAGAAUGUGUGGUUGCUCGGGGCCAUCUGCCUCUCCAUGUCCCUGCACUUCCUCAUCCUGUACGUUGAGCCUCUGCCGGUCAUCUUCCAGAUCACACCUCUGAACCUGACCCAGUGGUUGAUGGUGCUGAAGAUCUCUGUGCCCGUCAUCCUCUUGGAUGAAAUACUCAAGUUCGUCGCGCGGAACUACUUGGAGCCGGCACGGGUUCUGUAAGUCUGGUCCACUCUCGGUAACCCUUGCAGAUGCUGUACAGGUUUCAUUCGUUUAGUGCGUGUGUUUUUCAGCACAUUGUCUUGCAUGCCAACUGGGCCAAGUGCUAAAAAGAACAAACACAUUUUAUAAUUAGUCUAUGAAAGAUUUGCUUUUUUUUUUUUUUUUUUUCUCUCCCCCCUGUUACUGUGGUAAAGAACUUUCUGGAAACUAAAACAAGGUUUUAAGGGUAUUGUUCCUGUUGCAUGCCCCUUAAGCUUCUGAACCAUUUGAUGCUGGUAAAACUAAGCUUUUGUAUAGCACAGUAACACUUAAUUUAUAUAUAUUUUUGAAAUGCCAUUGGUGACAGGCACCUGUUUAUUUCAAGGGAAAGUUUUUUUUUUUUUUUCUGGUGAGGUACAUCAAUCAAAUGACUGACGAUCAUUACUUUGCACAGUGAUGUACGUCCUGCUUUAGAGCUAAAGUAUUUGAGCGUGGAGGCCUUUGACAGCCUGUUGUUCUCAUGUCCUGUGACGAGCAGAGACGAGACGCUGCCUGUUCAGCGGUGAAUGUUGUAAUUAUCCCAAUGAUUUGUGAUCAAUAAAAUCAUACAUGGCUGUGU